GAACAUUAAGUGAUACUGAUGUGGGUUUAUUUGUUUAUUUACAAGUUCUGGCUGUGUACAAUUUCUGAGAAUAAAAGUUAUUAUUAUUUAAAACACCAAAAAAAGUUUGUUUUGAAAAAGUGAAAUAAUAGAUAAUAAUUUGAAAGUGUGCAAGAAAACUGCAUUGAAUAAAGGAAAGAAAAAUUUGAAGCUGUAGUGACAUGUCACAAGUUUCGACGACUCCUGCAAACCUGUAAGACCCUUCCUGAAGUUACCUGAGGGCCAUAAUAAAAACAUUGUCUACCUUUCAACUUUCAGUGACGUCUGUAGUUUAUUAAGGUCAUCAUGCGUCUGACGUCUUUAUCUGUUUGCGUCAUUGGGACGACGUCAUUUGGAAGACAAAUAGACGUCAUUGACAGGAUGUUGAACAUUUCUGUGUGCAGUGGAAUCGAAAGACUGGUUGAAAGCCGUGUUUGACGAACUGGACGAUAAUAUGCUUUUCUACCAUUUCGAUGUGUGUGGUUAAUGUCUUGUAGCAGUGUCACUUCUCUUGAAUGGGAUAGCUAAGAACGAUGAAACACGUUGGUCGCUAAAGACAGAGAGAUGGAAGCAAAACAAGGAUUUGAACGACAGAACAUUCUUUUCGAGAAAAGAAACAGAAUGAACGAGAAAAGAAUCGUCGUGAUAGGGUUACUGGCGUGUGCCGUCCUAGCCUGUGAGAUGGUCAUUUACUUCUGGUACAUUAGUUCUUUGUACCGUCUGCAGUUACUUCCUGUAAACACAUCUGUGAGUCAGAUAAUGUCGGCCGUCAGUGACACUGAGGAAACACACCUAAACACAAGUACACGACUAAAUGUCACUAGCCUCUACCCUGGCGAGGUGAUGGUGAGCACCAGCAUUAAAGACAAUCACAAGAUCAUCAGUUCAAGAAGCUCUCAUGGUUCUUUACCAAACAUUACAAGUAAACAAAGUACUAGCAGCCCAGUGCAGAAGUUGGAAAAGAACUUCAGCCUAACACUUCCCAUGAUUCAAUCUUACAUUACACAGCACAUAUGGCCCGUGUAUAACUGGACAGGUACAGAUGUCAAAUCGCUGCCAAGCAAAACCGUCAUGUUUCACAACAUUCCGAGUUGGCUUCAGGCUAACGGCAACGAAUACUUCAAGAACUGUGAAGUAAGCGCUUGUUCACUGACAUCAGAUACCAAGUGGCGUCAGAGUGCGGACGCCAUAUUCUACCAUGUGUCGCGUCUGAACGAAGAUGGACCACCGGAAGGCCGGCCACCAGGCCAAAUCUGGAUCGCUUUCAGUUUGGAGUCGCCGUUUCAUCAUUCGUCUGAGUACAGGAACCCGGGAUGGAAGAACGUCUUCAACUGGACCAUCACGUACAGACAGGACUCUGACCUGUUCCAUCCGUACGGCAUGUUGACGCCCGGGACGGUCUUCCGACAAAAAACUUCACGCAGGUGGCGCUAGAGAAGACCAAAAGCAUCGCAUGGUUCGUCAGCAACUGUGAUACACCCAGCAAAAGGGAAGUGUAUGUCAAGCGAAUGCAGCAGGUCAUUUCUGUCGAUAUUUUUGGUGAGUGUGGGUCCCAACG